AUGUCCAGUCUCCGUAAGAUAAAACUAUCAAUCAUUGCUCACAAGGUCGGGCCUGUAUCAACUCGAAGCCCACCACGCAACGCAGCCCCGGGAUUUCGGCAAGACACCCUAGAUGCGCAGAUUCUUGCGACACAUAGCUUUAGCAAUGCGCCCCCUCUAGACAUCCUCCUCGUUCCCGGUGGCAUCGGAAACAGGGUCCUUGAGCGAGAUAACGAUACCGCGAUUGAAGCUUUUAUCGCUUCUCGUUAUGACGAGUUGAAAUAUCUAUUGAGUGUUUGCACUGGCGCAUCGCAACUAGCUACUUCAGGAGUCCUCGAAGGUCGGCGGGCUACCUCAAAUAAGCGGGCCUGGAAUUGGGUAAUUACCCAUGGGCACAAUGUUUCUUGGGUCCCAACUGCAAGGUGGACACAAGACGGCAAAAUAUGGACCAGCUCGGGUGUUGCCGCAGGAAUGGACAUGACCUACGCCUUUCUCAAGCAUGUCUUUGGUGAGGAGCAACCAGGAACCAUCAUGAAUAGUAUGGAGUACACCCCUCAUACUGAUCCCGACUGGGACCCUUUUUCCAUCGUCUGGAAUGUAAGUAUCUGA